AUGAGUGGCCAGCCUCCACCCCCCGCGGGACGACCCAUCGGAGCUCCUCCCAGGCCCCGUCCGAACAAUGUGCUGCGUCCGAACCGUCCGAAGCCAUCCAUAUUCGCCUCUCACAGAAACCACAACCGGCCCAACCCUGCCGCAGCUUCCAAGCCAAAAUCCACCCCCGAGUCGAGGCAAAAGGCCCUGGAGCAGCGCCGCAAGGAGAAUGGCGGAUGGUCCGAGGCUGCGCCCGAGGGCUGCAAUGAUAUCCCAAUCAUGACGACUAAGAGGGAGCUCAUGGACGGCCUGCGCUUUCACAUUAUGAGGUUCUCACAGGCCAAGAUGGACAGCAAGGCCGUCGACCCGACCGACGACGACGAGUUCGCACGCCCCGUCACCCUGCACAGGCGAGACCCGCGCCAACCCCCGGCCGCGCGCGCCCCCAAGGUUGAAGAGCCGGAGAAGGUGCCCGUCGACGCCCAGGAGAUUGAGAGGCUGGAGGCGCUCAAGGCCGAGAAGGAGGCCCAAAAGGCCAUCGACCAGGCCAAGAUUGCCCCCGUGGCCAAGGAAUCCAACCCCAAGCCCAAGAAGAAGGUGCGCGAGGAGAGGACCCAGUUCCACCGUACCUACAAGUCCGAGGCUGCUCGGAAAGAGUCUGAGCUGCGCUAUGAGGAGGCUCUGCCCUGGCACCUCGAGGAUGCCGACGGCAAGAACGUCUGGGUAGGUAACUACGUGGCUGCGCUAUCCGGAAAUAAUGUUGCUUUCAAAAUUGACGGUUCCGUCUUCCGCAUGGUGCCCCUGGAGAAGUGGUACAAGUUCACGUCAAAGCCGUCCUUCAAGGUUCUCAGUAUCGACGAGGCUGAGGAUCUGAUGAGCCGUAAGAUGGAUGUAGGCCGCUGGGUGAUGAAGUCAGACGAGAGAAAGGCCAGCCAAGCAGAACUAGAAGCCACCAGGCGCAUGCUCGGCGGCGGCGGUCGCAUGAUCAAGACGGAGAGCUCUACCUUCAAGGCCGCUUCCAGGGCCGAGAAGAUGGAGCACGAUGACAUCGACAUCUCGGGUGAUGAGUUCCAGGAUGACGACGAGGCCGUCACCUUUGAGCGUAACAAUGACGAGGACGAGAAGGAAUCCAAGGAAAGGAUCCGACGCGAGCAGCUGGGUGCCAACCUCUUUGGUGAUGGUGACGAGCAGCAGGUCGAGAAGGAUCUCAAUGAGGAGCUGAGGGAGGAGCUGGAGCGUCGCAAGUACGGAGAGUCUACCAAGAAGGCUCUCAUCAAGAGGGACCGAGAAGACGUGUAUGAGAGCGAUGCGUCUCAGGAGAAUCCCUGGAGCAGUUCGAAUGAGGAGGACAAGAAAGACAAGGAAGAAGGCGAGGACGGCCAGAACGACUCCAAGGAUGGCAAGGACAAGGACAAGUCUAAGGGUCCCAAGGGCAGCACGCCCCAGAAGCAGAAACUUGGUGACUCCUCCAAGAAGGGUAAAGGCAUCAAGCGAGUCGGAUCCCCCGCCCUGUCCGAGUCCAGCGGCAACGAGUCGACGUUCAAGAAGAAGACCAAGGCAUCAUCGUCGGUCAUGGGCAGCCGUGCCGGCACCCCAUCCUUCCAGCAGGCUGCAGUGGCCAAGCGCAAGGCCAAGAGCGGCGGUGCUGGUUCCGGCAGCGAUGGCGAGGCCACAGCCGGAGAAUUGUCUGACGGCGCCGGGCCCAAGAAGAAGAUCAAGCUCAAGGGCAGCAGCAGCGGCACGCCGUCUGCCUCGAGGACCGGAACGCCCAACCCCACUGCAAGGAGCACCUCUCCCGACUCCCAGGCCAACGGUGCCAUUGAGCCCUCCGAGGUUCUAGACAGGAUCCCCCCCGAGGGUAUCACGAUCCAGGAUCUCAUCAAGUUCUUCACCGGACGUGUGGGCGAGAGACCGGGCCAGAUGCCCAAGGCCGAAUGGAUCAGGCUUGUCCGUGGUCUCUGUGACUAUGGUGCCGACAAGAGGCUUCGUAAGAAAUGA